GUAUUUAAUUACCCCCUCACCUCUUAGGGUUUCUCUUUGCAUCUGCUUCAAUGGGAAAGGGAACAGGGAGUUUCGGUAAGAGGAGGAACAAGACUCACACUCUCUGCGUGAGGUGUGGCCGCCGCAGUUUCCAUCUCCAGAAAAGUCGCUGCGCUGCUUGUGCGUUCCCAGCUGCCCGCAAGAGGAAAUAUAACUGGAGUGUCAAGGCAAUCCGAAGGAAGACUACUGGAACUGGUAGAAUGAGGUAUCUCCGACAUCUUCCUCGCAGGUUUAAGAGUGGCUUCAGAGAAGGCGCUCAAGCGACACCAAGGAAAGCAGCUGCAGCAUCAAGUUAAGUGGUCAGAGGUUCAUAAUGGGCAUAAUUUGUAGUUUUAAAUUGAAUUCUAUGUGCUUGAGACAGUUUUUUCCAUGGGAAAGUUUUGAAGGAUUUUCAUUAUGUUUUCAUGCUCCAUUGAUUUUUAGUUUCACUUACUAAGUAGAUACUUUAAUUUUGGGCCACAUGGAUGAUGCCAUUGUUGUUUGUUGAUCCGUUGGUUCCUUGUGCUUUAAUGAGACUAGAUGUGUUUCUUCUUCUCGAUGAGAUGGAUUUAUUAUUUUUAAUAAGGGAGUACUAGCAGUGACAACAGAUCUUCUAAGAUA